ACGUAGCUGCCAUCUUGAUCAGCUGAUUCCGCUUGAGCUAUUUGACCAAAAAGACAACAGAAUUUACCUGCGAUACGAGAUUCAACACCAAAAGGGAGCGUAUUGUCUUCAAGUCGGACACUAUUGACAUGCUCCAUUUGGGCCGCCAUCAUGGACAAGAUUUUGGAGGGCCUGAUUAGCUCUGCUCACACGCUUCCGGUGAAGAAGGCCAUCGUGAAAAAGGUGGUGGAGGCGGCCGAGAAGGAUGUGGCAGCGGAGGAGUGCCGGGCCCUGUUUGCCGUCACCACCCGCCUCGUUCUGCUGGGUGAGGACGCUUUCCAGAAGCAGGUGGGCUUCCAGGUCCUGGAGGCGUACACCCGCUACCACCGCUCAGAGUUUGAGGCGUUCUUCAGUAAGGAUUUUGUGCUGGGCCUGCUGCAGCAAGGCUAUGAGCAGCUGGAGCACAAAGACCCGGCCGUGGUGGACUACAUCCACUGUGGCCUACGGCUGCUCAUUAGCUGCCCUGCCGUGCUGCAGCUGUUCGCCGUGGUCCAGGUGGAGGUGUUGAGGAUGGUGUGCGAGCGGCCCGGCCCGGCCCUGUGCGCCCGUCUCGCCACUCUGCUGUCCGACUUUGUGCAGUGCGUGCCCAGGGACAAGGGCGGCGUCCUGUUCUGCCAGCAGCUGGUGAGGACCAUCGGCUACUUCCACUGCCUGGCCAGCCAGGAGCAGGAGCUGGGUGAGUACGUGGCCCACGUCACCAAAGUCAGCACGUUACUGCAGAACAUCUGGAAGGCAGAGCCGGCCACGCUGCUGCCUUCCCUGCAGGAGGUCUUCGCCAUCAUCUCUUCCACAGACCCGUCCUUCGAGCCAUCCAUAGCCUUGGCCAGUCUGGUGCAGUACAUCCCGGUCCAGAUGAUCACAGUGCUGAUUAAGAGUCUCACGACGGAUCAGAAUGUCAAAGAUGCAAACAUGACCAAAGCGCUAUGCAGAAUGAUCGACUGGCUCUCCUGGCCUCUGGCCCAGCACGUGGACACCUGGGUCAUCGCUCUGCUCAAAGGACUGGCCGCCGUUCAGAAGUUCACCAUCCUUAUUGAUGUCACUCUGCUCAAAAUUGAACUGGUGUUCAAUCGUCUGUGGUACCCCAUUGUGCGUCAGGGGGCGCUCGCCGUCCUCUCCCACAUGCUCCUCAGCUUCCAGCACUCUCCUGAGGCCUUCCAUCUGGUUAUUCCACACGUGGUGGGUCUGGUGCAGUCCCUGCAGGCCGACGGCCUCCCCACCAGUAAAGCCUUCCUGCUGCAGUUCACUGAGCUCGCACACUGCAUGAUGUACCAGUACUCUGGAUUCCCAGACCUCUACGACCACAUUUUGGAAGCCAUCAAGGAUUUGCCGAAACCAAGCGAAGAGAAGAUCAAGCUGGUGCUGAAUCAAAGUGCCUGGACGUCCCAGUCCAACUCUUUCACCUCCGGUCCGCUGAGGCAGGCCGGGAAGUCCGAGACUGGCAAGACGGGCCUGGUCAACUUGGGCAACACCUGCUACAUGAACAGCAUCCUGCAGACACUUUUCAUGGCCACAGAUUUCAGACGACACGUCUUGUCGCUGCGUCUGAACGAUUCCGGUAUGCUGAUAAAAAAGCUGCAGAUGCUCUUCGCCUUCCUUGCGCACACCCAGAGGGCGGCCUACGCUCCCAGGAACUUCUUAGAGGUGUCACGGCCGCCGUGGUUCAAUGCGGGCUCUCAGCAGGACUGUUCAGAAUAUCUCCGCUUUCUCCUGGACAGGUUACACGAAGAGGAGAAAACCAUUCAGCUGUUGGAAUCUGCCAACCUAAGCGUUCCCGCUGACGUCAUAGACUCAAGCAGCAAAGACGCAACCGCUCCGACAUCCCCUGAAGAAGGCGAAGCGUCCUCUCUGAAAGUGGAUGAAGACGACAGACGUACCCUCAUCGAGAGGACUUUCGGCGGAAAGCUUGUGACGGGCAUCCGCUGUAUGCACUGCGACGGCGUCUCAGAAAAGGAGGAGCCCUUCACGGACCUCUCGCUGGCCUUCUGCCCCUCGCGGGACGCAGCCAAGUCCGACGAGUCCAAAACCAACGAUUCCAAAGUGGUUUGCCAGGGUUCCGUCAAUGGCGGCAGCGAGACCCCCGUCCCGGGUACCAAAGACCAAGCCAGCCACUUUCACGCCGUGCCAGAGAACGAGCCUCACCUCUCAGUGCCUGACUUGGUGGACUACUUCCUGGCUCCGGAGAUCCUGGACCAGGACAACGCCUACUUCUGCAGCAAGUGCGGUAGCCUGCGGAGGGCCGAGCGGACCCUCAAGUUGACGUCGGCCCCCGAGUACCUGAUCCUGACGCUGUUGCGCUUCGCUUACGAUGCCAAGUGCCACGUGCGCCGCAAGAUCCUGGACAACGUCACAAUCCCGCCGCGCCUUCAGCUCCCUGUGCACCGCCCCUCGGUGUCCUCGCCGCCCCAGCCGCUGCUCACCACCUCCCCAACCCUGGCGGACUCCCCCGAGAGCAGCGAGAACCUGGCCAAGAAGCUCAAACCCUCCCGAAGAGACGAGGAAGUCCAGUCGGUGCGUUACGUCCUCAGCUCUGUCGUGAUGCAUUCGGGCGUGUCGUCCGAGAGUGGACAUUACUACUCCUAUGGCUGUGACAACGCGGCGCAAGGGGACUCCGCCUAUCAAAAGGAGGACUUGAGUCACGGGGAGCAAGUCCGGGAUGGUCCGAGUGGUCAGGGAGGCGGCACCGUGCCCCCCAGCGAUUGGCUGCUGUUCAAUGACAGCAGAGUGACAUUUGCUUCCUUCCAAUCGGUGCAGAACAUCACCAGCCGGUUCCCCAAGGACACGGCCUAUGUGCUCAUGUACAGGAAACAGGAAGUGGCAGGGCAAGACUCUGUUAAAGGUCCGGCAGCCAAUGGAACAAGGCAGAGCACCGAGCCGCCGCUGCAGAAAGAACUGCUGGAUGCCAUUAUCAAGGACAACAAGCUGUAUCUACAGGAACAAGAAUUGAACGCUCGGACUCAGGCUCUGCAGGCUCCGUCGUCUUCCUGUUCCUUCAGGCCCAACGGCUCGGAUGACAACAACCCGCCGGGGAGUUGCGGCCCGUCCGGAGGGGGUGGAGGAGGAGGUGGAGGGGGCUUUAACACCAUUAGUAGACUGGUCUUCUAA